GGUGGGAGCAGAUCUAUUUCCGGGUUGGCAAAAGGGGCGGCGGCGGCGAGAAAGGGAGCUUGCCGGUGGGGGGGCGAGCAGGACGGGACGGAGCCGGAGCGGAGGUGGCGGAGGAUUCGCUCCCGGAGCCGCUGUGCCUAGGUAUAUGAGUGACCUAAAGCUGCAGAUUAAAAAGGAAAGAGAGCAGUGCCAACUGCAAACAGGGCAAGGAUGCCAAUUCCUCCUCCCCCUCCACCACCCCCCGGUCCUCCUCCACCUCCCACUUCUAAUCAGGCCAACACUGAGCUGCCCAAGCUGAGUAGAGAUGAGCAGCGGGGUCGAGGUGCUCUCUUACAGGACAUCUGCAAAGGGACCAAGCUGAAGAAGGUGACCAACAUGAAUGAUCGGAGUGCUCCCGUCCUCGAGAAACCCAAAGGAAGCAGUGGUGGUUAUGGCUCUGGAGCAGCUGCCCUGCAGCCCAAGGGAGGUCUCUUCCAAGGAGGAGUGCCAAAGCUCCGCCCUGUGGGAGCCAAGGACGGUUCAGAGAACGUAGCUGGUAAGCCAGCCCUACAAGUCCCUGGUUCUCGAGCUGCUGCCCCAAGGCCUCCAGGGUGUACAACCAGCGGGCGCCCUCAGGAUGAUACAGACAGCAGCCGAGCCUCACUCCCAGACCUGCCCCGGACGCAGAGACCCUCGUUACCGGACCUCUCUCGGCCUAAUACUGCCAGCAGUGCGGGCAUGAAGCACAGCUCCUCCGCCCCUCCUCCGCCUCCCCCGGGGCGGCGUGCCAACGCGCCCCCUACACCUCUGCCUGUGCACAGCAGCAAAGCCACAGCCUACAACAGAGAGAAGCCCCUGCCACCCACACCUGGACAGAGGCUUCACCUUGGUCGAGAGGGACCUCCUGCUCCACCCCCAGUCAAGCCGCCUCCUUCCCCUGUGAAUGUCAGAACAGGACCAAGUGGCCAGUCUCUAGCUCCUCCGCCGCCGCCUUACCGCCAGCCGCCUGGGGUCCCCAAUGGGCCCUCCAGUCCCACUAACGAGUCAGCCCCUGAGCUGCCACAGAGACACAAUUCUUUGCAUAGGAAGACACCAGGGCCUGUCAGAGGCGUAGCGCCUCCUCCACCCACCUCAGCCUCCCCUUCUUUACAGAGUAAUAGGCCACCUCCCCCAGCCCGAGACCCUCCCAGUCGGGGAGCAGCUCCUCCCCCCCCGCCACCCAUGAUCCGAAAUGGUGCCAGGGAUGCCCCCCCGCCCCCCCCACCGUACCGAAUGCACGGGUCAGAGCCCCUGAGCCGAGGAAGGCCCCCACCUCCGCCCUCAAGGACGCCAGCUGGGCCCCCGCCGCCGCCUCCACCACCCCUGAGGAAUGGCCACAGAGAUUCUAUUACCACUGUCCGAUCUUUCUUGGAUGAUUUUGAGUCAAAGUAUUCUUUCCAUCCAGUAGAAGACUUUCCUGCUCCAGAAGAAUAUAAACACUUUCAGAGAAUAUAUCCCAGCAAAACAAACCGAGCUGCCCGUGGAGCCCCACCUCUGCCACCCAUUCUCAGGUGAAGCCUGGCUUGGUCCUGUUCCUCAGGAAAAGGAUGGACCCUCUCCUCUUCUCAGAUGGUCCCUUCCAUUCUCCCUGAAACCUGCAUGACAGCUCCUAACGUGUUUCUCCAGUGCAGCCAACCUCGAGACUCCAGGCGUCCUCCCAGCCACCUCCAUCUAUGCAUCUCGUCUCUGGACUUGGUGACCGGACUCUUUAUAUUGACAGUAGGGUCUCAAACCCUGCAUCCAUCCCUCCUCUUGCAA